AUGAGCAAGAGCGACAAGGAAGACAUUGAUGAAUCUGGCGUUUCGUAUGAAUACACAUCGUCGGACUCCCCGGAGACGGUUUCUUCGGAGAUUUCUGAGUAUGAAGAGGAGUACUUUGGGGAGGCUUCUGAGGAAGAAAGCUCCAAGUCUUCUGAGGCAGCAGCUUGGGAAGAUAGCGACGAUGAUGAGAAGCUGCGAGAGGAGUAUAAAAAAACGGCGACCUGGCUUGAUGGAAAGCAGGCCAAGAAGCAGGUUGAGGCGCGCAAAAAGAGGCUGAGGUUUGAGUAUGAAAGACACCUGUUUUUUUCUAAGUGCAAAAUCAAGCAGGCCAAGGCCCACGGAGAGUACCUGGUUGUUGUGGAUACCUACAACAACAUAUACAUACUUAGGAACUUCCAGGUGCACAAGACUCUUUGGAUUGAGAUGUUUGGGAUUUCCGACUUUGUAUAUACAGGAGGGGCGAUUCUGUUCUCCUCGUCCAAGCAAAGCAACUUGAAGGAGGUUACAUUUGACGGAGAGGUUCGAAACAUAAGCAUCCGGGCCAUUGAAGGGAUAAGAAGGAUGAUCAGUAUUGGUGACUCCAUAUAUAUAGUUGGAGAGCAACUAGCUCUCUUGAACAGUGCUUACGAGGUGGUUGAAGUUAUCGAGGGAAGGUUUGUGGAUGUUGCAGUGUCUGAGGAUUUUGUGUAUGCCAUGUGCUUCAGUGGAGAGAUUGUUGUGCUAACGCCCGGCUUACAGAUCCUAAGAAAGGUGAGUCUUGAGGACAAGUUUGACUUCCGGUCAAUACACUUUUUUGCAUCCAAGGUGUUUGUUGGAAUGGGAAUGGGCAUGAAGGUGUUUGACAAGGAGAUGAACCCUAUCAGGGAAUUUAAAAAUCUCAAGGAUGAAGUUACUGGGUUUACAGGCCAUGGGGAUUACGUUGUAUAUGGGUCGAGAUAUACCAACUCUUUGAAGAUAGUUCUUCCGGAUAUAAGGUGUUUUAGCAAAUUCCCGUUCAAUACCAUCAGGAUCCCUCCGAUCAAGGUUCUGGACUCUGAUGGAAGGAAUGUCAUAAUCUGCUCGGGGCGGUCUGUCAGUGUCCUGAGAAUAAAACUAGAGUGA